GAUGGAGCCGAUUGAAGUACAUACUUUAGUUCUAUUAAGUGGAUUUUGACAGCGGAUCUCUGGCUUCAGUCUGACGACGUUUCCUGCUGGAUCCACUGGGGAACAUAAAUCAUUAUUUGCAAGAAACAAAGCUGGCAUGCGCUAAUAUGGAAACCAAACCAUUCUUGUCUCUAGGGCUCCUGAAAAACCCCUGCUCAGUAGCGCCGCCGUGUUUGCGGAGCUGGCCGGGCGACGCUGGCAGUUCGCCCAAUGGCUACUCCGGCUUCACGGGUACAUACCCGCUACAACAGCGCAGGAUAUCCACAGACUUCUCCGGUCAGCUCUCAUCGUCUCCUCUGAACUCCUCCACGGGUCACCGAGGCAUCAGUAACCAUCCUCUCCACCCACCCCUGCUCGGCCCGUCCGCCAUGAGCUCCAGCCUGGGUCAGCUGCACUCGCCCAUCAGCACCCUCAGCUCGCCCAUCAACGGCCUGCCCUCGCCGUUCCCCGUCAUCAGCUCGCCCAUGGGCCAUCCUUCCAUGAGCGGCCCGUCCUCCACGAGCAUGACCUUCAGACCCAGCCUGAGCCCACAGCUCAGUUCACCCAUGAAUGCAGUCAGUAGUUCAGAGGACAUUAAACCCCCUCUGGGUCUGAACGGGGUGAUGAAGGUCCCAGCACAGCCCACAGGCACAUCCCUCUUCCUCACUAAACACAUCUGUGCCAUUUGCGGAGACCGUUCAUCAGGUAAACACUAUGGGGUGUACAGCUGUGAGGGCUGUAAAGGCUUCUUCAAGAGAACGGUGAGAAAGGAUUUGACGUACACUUGCCGAGACAACAAGGACUGUAUAAUUGACAAACGCCAACGCAACCGCUGCCAGUACUGCCGUUAUCAGAAGUGCUUAGCCAUGGGAAUGAAGAGAGAAGCCGUUCAGGAGGAGCGGCAGCGGGCGAAGGAGCAGAGUGAGGGUGAGUUCGGCAGCUGUGCCAACGAGGACAUGCCCGUGGAGAAGAUUCUGGAAGCCGAACUGGCAGUGGAACCAAAGACGGAGACCUACGUGGAGGCCAACCUGAGUGCGCCUGCCAAUUCUCCUAAUGACCCUGUAACAAACAUCUGCCAAGCAGCUGACAAGCAGCUCUUUACCUUAGUGGAGUGGGCCAAGUGGAUACCUCACUUUUCUGAUCUCCCACUGGACGAUCAAGUCAUCCUCCUGCGAGCAGGGUGGAAUGAACUCCUGAUCGCCUCUUUUUCGCAUCGUUCCAUAGCUGUGAAAGAUGGGAUAUUAUUAGCAACAGGCCUUCACGUCCACAGAAACAGCGCACAUACUGCCGGUGUGGGAGCCAUCUUUGACAGAGUGCUGACAGAGCUUGUGUCAAAGAUGAGAGACAUGCAAAUGGACAAGACUGAACUUGGUUGCCUGCGGGCCAUUGUUCUGUUCAAUCCAGAUUCAAAAGGACUGUCUAAUCCAUCAGAGGUGGAGGCUUUAAGGGAAAGAGUGUAUGCAUCUCUAGAGGCCUACUGUAAACACAAAUACCCCGAUCAGCCUGGGAGAUUUGCCAAGCUGUUACUGCGUCUGCCUGCCCUGCGCUCCAUCGGUCUGAAAUGUCUUGAACAUCUCUUCUUUUUCAAGUUAAUCGGAGACACACCCAUCGACACUUUCCUAAUGGAAAUGCUGGAAGCGCCACACCAAAUGACAUAAGGGAAUGAUUUAUUUUCAUCUCCGCCCCUCUGACAGAGGGUGCAACUCAUGUACAAAACACUACAGGAGGCCACAGGACACAUCUCUGAUCUCACAGGAGAGGACCGAGUAAUUCUACCUUGGCGUUUCAUCAGAAACAUUGUGCAAUCCACAAAAUACUGUGUAAUAGUCCAUUACGGAAUACCAUGCAGGAUGGAUUUAGUGAGUUUUUUUCCUGGUUUGCAUGAAUGUUUGGGAAGUCUCAUGGAGAUUUUGGUUUCUCAUUUCUUCUGCCUUACAGAGGUCCACCUCUGCUUUCCUUUGAGUACACAGCCAAACCGCCUCAUCUCUGAACUCACAAUCAUUUUGCUGUGAAUAUUCAGAUUUCAUGAAAGGAAACAAAAUACCUCGGAUGCACUUCUUCAUGCAGCUGUCCUCAAAAAACACAUCACUGUAUCUGCCAUUGGAAGUUUUUGCUCAAACUGUACAGUUAAUAGAACCACAGUAACAUUUUUCCCCCCAGGCACUUAGAAAUUGCUUCUUUUAAGCGGUAUUGUAAUACAUCAGGAUUCUGAAAGUCCAUCUUCAUGAGGAAGAAACUGCAUGCAGUUUGGCUUUAAUUCCUUUUCUUUUUGGAAGAUAAAUGGGCCUAUGAAUAACAGAAUGGUCUAAAAAGAAUGAAAAGCAGGUGUACUCCUGGCUGAACUCACGCUGGAUGAAA